GUAGCGACAUAAACACAGUUGGGAGACUGAAAGGUCCGAAGAAGGCUGCUGGAGCCGUCCAGAAGGUUUCGUUGUUUUGCAUUUGAACUCACAAGGCAUUUCGGCUAAGAAAUAUCUUUCUAACUUCAGCUACAGUGAUAGCUAAGUUUGGAAAGGAGAAAAAGAGAGUUAAGGCGUGAGUUUACCGAAAAUUCAACGCAGAGGAUCACCGAGCCGAUAUCGUUUACAAAGGAAAAUAAAUAUUGACAGUUCUUUCGACUAAAUAAUUGCUAUGGAUAGCGCCGAAUCUAAGAAACGUUGUUGCGCAGAAUCUUUUCAAGACUUAUUCACAUCGCCCAAGUUCCUUAUUUACCUGGGACAUGCACUUUCAACAUGGGGUGAUCGUAUGUGGAACUUCGCAGUAGCCGUAUUUCUGGUGGGGUUGUAUGGCAACAGCCUCCUGCUCACGGCCGUGUACGGACUGGUGGUGGCUGGGUCAGUGCUUCUGCUCGGGGCCAUUAUCGGCGACUGGGUGGACAAAAACCCCAGACUCAAAGUGGCCCAGACUUCGUUGGUUGUCCAGAACUGUGCUGUCAUAGUGUGUGGAAUCCUCUUGAUGGUGGUUUUCCAGUUCAAAGAACAGCUUGAUGAGUUAUACAAUGGUUGGGUUCUGACUUGCUGCUACAUCUUGGUGAUCUCCAUAGCCAACAUUGCUAACUUGGCCAGUACUGCUAUGUCCAUCACCAUCCAGAGAGACUGGGUAGUGGUUGUGGCUGGACAGGACAGCAGCAAGCUGGCAGACAUGAAUGCCACUGUGCGAAUUAUCGACCAGCUGACCAACAUCCUGGCCCCCAUGCUGGUGGGACAGAUCAUGGCAUUUGGCUCCAACUUUAUUGGAUGUGGCUUCAUAGCAGGCUGGAACCUGUGCUCCAUGUGCCUGGAGUAUGGUCUGUUGUGGAAAGUCUAUCAGAAAACUCCAGCACUGGCAGUGAAGACAGUCAAGAAAGACGAGGACCAGGAACUGAAACAACUUAACUCCCCAAAAGAGCUGGAGAAUGGACAGGGUCCAGUUGAGGGCUCCCAGCUCAUGAACGAGACUGCUGUUGUUAAGGCUGAAUUGGCCAAGAAAACUGGCUGCUGUUAUCAGAUGAUGGAACCCCUGCGCACCAUCCGCAAUGGCUGGGUUGCUUACUACAACCAGUCCAUCUUCUUUGCUGGCAUGGCACUGGCCUUCCUCUACAUGACAGUGCUGGGCUUUGACUGCAUCACAACAGGCUAUGCCUAUACCCAGGGACUCAAUGGCUCUGUGCUCAGCCUGUUGAUGGGUGCCUCUGCCGUAUCGGGUAUCUGCGGCACCGUGGCCUUCACCUGGGUUCGCAAGAAAUGUGGCCUGAUCCGCACUGGCUUCAUCUCGGGCGUGGUACAGCUGUCCUGCCUCUUACUUUGUGUGGCAUCCGUUUUCGCCCCAGGCAGCCCCUUCGACCUCAGUGUCUCACCCUUCCAGGACAUUUACAGCCACCUUAUUGGGGAUAGCUCCCUCCCGGAAGCCGACCACCCGGCUAGUUUGCUGAACAUUGAUGCUCAGGGUCUGCUGGUAAACAUUUCAACGGUGCCUCCUGCUGAGGAAAUGCCACCACUACAGUCCUACCUGUCAGUCAGCCUGCUGUUUUCUGGGGUCAUUGCUGCUAGACUUGGUCUUUGGGCCUUUGACUUAACUGUGACCCAGCUCAUCCAAGAGAAUGUAAUUGAGUCGGAGAGGGGGGUGAUCAACGGUGUCCAGAACUCCAUGAACUACCUCCUGGACCUUCUGCACUUCAUCAUGGUGAUUCUGGCGCCCAACCCGGAGGCUUUUGGCCUACUCGUCAUCCUCUCCGUCUCCUUCGUGGCCAUGGGCCAUAUCAUGUACUUCAGGUUUGCCUUCAAGAGCCUUGGACGGCGCCUUUUCCUCUGCUGCUCACCAGAGCAGAAGGCCCAGGACCUCCCAGCUGCUCCCUCCUCACUUCCCACCAUUGUGUAACCCAUUCAAGGAGAGGUUUGCUUUUUACAACCAAAUCCAAUUUCAUUAAAAUCUAAAUGGCAUGUUAUAGAGGGGUCCAGAAACCUUUUGGGUGAUAACACUUGCUUUGGAAAUUAGCAAUUAUUUCCUCAUUCUCUUUGCGUGAGUCACACAGUUUUCCUUGAAAGAGGUUCCAUUCUGUCUGUUGCCUUCUAUAACAUUUCAUUUAGAUAAAACCUUUAGAUUUGAUUGUAAAAAAAACUUCUCCCCCAAAGAGACCAUGUCCCAGCAAAUGACUCCUGCAGCCUGCAAUCCACUCUAAUGCCCUCUCCUUCAGCCACCUAAACUUGCUUGCUUGUAGCUGUCACAUAGCUAAUCAAUCUUAUCUUGCAACCAACCCUAGCAUGUAUCUCUGUUCGCUGCUGUAAAUAUCAUUAGCUGUUAGCACAGGGAGAACAGUAUGGCUGCAGACAUGGGGAAGAAGCCCCUCUCAUAGAAGUAACCUAGCUCAAAUGCGUUAGAGAUGUGUCGCAAAUAAACAUGACUUCUCUGCUUCCAUCCAUCCAAUAUUUCAGUCUUGCUAAAAAGCUAAACAAGGGAGGAGACCUGCAACUACUGUUGCUAUGCAUUACUAGGGUUACAGGUGCAUAUUGUUCUGUGGCUGCUGUUUGCAUCUUAUAACAGCUCUACCUAGGCAGGUGCUAUUUGUUUCUCAGUAAUUUAUCGGUGCUACAGCCAAUCAGAAGUAAGCUUAAGUAAUUAACAAUGCUUCAGAUUACUUCUCACCAGUGGAAAAAACUGCUUAUAUUGCUUAAUAAGCCUGGGGCAAAGUCUCUUUGAAACAUGUUAAAAGGGUUAUGCAAGUUAUUUAAGGAGUACAGAUACUUUAUCUAUCUAUAUAUUCUCAAUAUAUCAUCAGUAUUGUCUAUCUCAGCCAUGGUGCUAAUGUGCAAACAGCUGGAAAACUAUGCAUUCACAUUAACACUCAAAGACCAAAGUGGAGGUUCUUCUACAGGUUAAAGGAAUUGAGGGAAAACCUGUAGUUUUGUCUGAGCAUUCCAAAUAUUUUUGUUUUUAUGUUCAGUGACAAUGGAACUUGUAUAGGCUGAUUAAUGCUAUUGUAGGCAUCUUUGUGUUCACUUAUAAGAUUUCUAACCCACUUGCAACUUCACAGCUCUUUACCUGUAGUUUACAUUGUUAUUAUACUGUAAUUAUUUGGCAUAAUUAGUUUCUGUCUUCAAAGUGAUUUUUUAUCGUUAUAGUUACACAGGCACUUUAUGUGAUUGUACUUUGUCCGUAAUAACAAAAAGAUCUUCAGGCACUUUCAGUCAACCUUCAGCAUUUUGCACAAGCCUAAGCUUCUGUCUUUCAGCCCAUCUUUUUCCAUUCAGGCCAUCAUUAAGCUUACCUCUACCACAAAUGUGCACACAGCACAAUCCUAAUCCCAGGAAGACAACGGGUGUGAAAGCGGAAAACCAGUCCACCCAUUUUCCCUUGUGCAGCUUUUCAAAAUCCCUCCAAAUUUACCUCAGAUUUUCUCCAGCAGCAGUUUGUUAGUGUAGGCCUACCAAAAGUUGAAGAAUCAUCUUUAGGUUGUCUUAGCAGGGCACUGAUGGCCAUUACACAUGAAAGGGUGACAGCCAAGUGAAACUGUAGGUUUGUAGGUCUUGGAGCUCUCUAACACCACUGUAAAGGUUUGCAGGCUCCGCUCUUUCUGAACAUCCUUUGAAAAUGCCCACAUGUUCAUAAGAGCUUUUUACCACUCCACAAAAUGUGGCAGACCUAUCCUACUCAGGUAACAAAAAAAAGAAAGAAUUGGGAGUGUAAAAUAGCCACAGUACUUGCAGAGAACAGUAAGGGCUUUCUUUAACACUGGGCAGUAUAUUAAAGGCUGCUGUAGGCAGGUUUGAUGUCAGUCAGGUCUGAGGGUUUAUGGAACUGCAGCUGGUGUUCUGUACAGAAAUGCCAGAAACUGAGCUCAGUGUUGAUGUUUGGCAUGGGUUAUACCCCCAAAAUGUAGAGUUAGCAAUUUUCUUUAAAACAGAACAGAGCAUUUGGUCGGAACAUUUAUUCAGGAAUACUUCAUUCUUAGGACACAAGGACAUACAGUUCUUAUGAAAUGUAUUGCACCCUUGCACUUUAAGAUCACAUUUCUUGUAAAAUAGUAGAUUGAAAUUGCUUUAUUGGACAGCAGUUGAAGUGUCACUCAAAGAGCUUAAGUCUGGGCCAAAUUGCCAGUAGAAAAGAUUCAUAAUUUGCAGUUAACAUGACCAAAGGCUGUGCAACCUAGAAUAGGCUCCCGGCCUGGCUGUCAAAAAUAAUGUCAACUGCAAUGUUCUCAUUUUCUAAUUGUAAACUUAAAAGAUUCACGCCAGUCACAUGCUUGUCAAUCUAAAUAUCUCCUUUCCAUCCUGCAAGAUAACCAGUGGUUAACAAAAUAAAACAAAGAAUGCUAGCCCAUUGAAACAGAUUAAAUCCCUCUCCCUCAACAACCUGCUGCAAACCAGAACCUCGUUUUGAUUGUGAUUGGUUGUGAUGUCGAAGACAGGGUUAAGUCACAGGAAAAAGUACUUUAAGAACAUUGUUUUUGGAGGAGCUUAUUUAAAUGUGGUCAUGUGACUGGAGUUCACCUUUACCCCAACUUAUUUCAGAACGGGAAACACUUUCUGUUGCAAGGGUGCCAAUAUUCUAGGCCGAAAUUGUAUACAGUAUAUUUUUCAUAUAACUAACAAUAACCAUCAGUUUGUUUAUAUAUACAUAUACACACAUAUAUACACAUACACACAUAUAUACACAUACAUACAAUGGUACACUAUACUGGGUGUAAAUUAACUUGUGUAUAUGACACUGUCUUUGUUGCUGUCUUUAAAUGUUGGAUGCCUUUUUUUUUUUUACAACUUUAAAUGUUUUUAUAUACUAGUGUUAACACUUGUUUUGAGUUAUCUUAAUGAUUUGCUUAAAAAUGUUCUGUUCAUGUCCACAAAGCAAGGCUGAUAUUCAUAAAUCAAGGAAGUCAUGAGUACAACAUGCCAGUGGACCAUAAUGUACAGUCCACAACACCCCAUCAUUGUAAAAUACAGAACAAACUUUGAUCCAUUCUUUGUUUUUAUAUGUAUAUAAACAUAUUAUACAGCUUGUAAUGCAUGAGUUCUGAAAUAAAUGAAACUGAUUUACAUUG